UCAUGCUGGCUUACAAGGAACUUCUCGUCCUACGCAUUAUCAUGUUUUAUUAGAUGAGAAUGCAUUUACCCCUGAUUCACUUCAAACUCUUUCUUAUAAUCUGUGCUAUGUGUUCGCACGAUGUACGCGUGCUGUUAGUUUAGUGCCUCCAGUUUAUUAUGCACACUUGGUGUGCGCUCGGGCUCGUUUCCAUUCACGUGGAGAAAAUUGGAACGAUACUGAAGGUACUUCUGAAGAAAGUACUGGCUCUGCUUUAACGUUUGGCACUGUAAAACCUGAAUUGCAAAAA